AUGGCGGCGGCGGCGGCGGCGGCGGGCGCGGCCUCGGCGGAGCUGGUGAUCGGCUGGUGCAUCUUCGGCCUCUUGCUUCUGGCUAUUUUGGCGUUCUGUUGGAUAUAUGUUCGUAAAUACCAAAGUCAGCGGGAAAGUGAAGUUGUCUCCACCAUAACGGCAAUUUUUUCUCUGGCAAUUGCACUUAUCACAUCAGCACUUCUACCAGUGGAUAUAUUUCUGGUUUCCUACAUGAAAAAUCAAAAUGGCACAUUUAAGGAUUGGGCUAAUGCUAAUGUCAGCAGACAGAUUGAGGACACUGUAUUAUACGGUUACUAUACCUUAUAUUCUGUUAUAUUAUUCUGUGUGUUCCUCUGGAUCCCUUUUGUCUACUUCUACUAUGAGGAAAAGGAUGAUGAUGAUACUAGUAAAUGCACACAAAUUAAAACGGCACUUAAGUAUACAUUAGGAUUUGCUGUGAUUUGUGCACUUCUUCUUUUAAUUGGUGCUUUUGUUCCAUUGAAUGUCCCCAAUAACAAAAAUUCUACAGAGUGGGAAAAAGUGAAGUUCUUGUUUGAAGAACUUGGAAGUAGUCAUGGUUUAGCUGCUUUGUCAUUUUCCAUUAGUUCUCUGACCUUGAUUGGAAUGUUGGCAGCUAUAACUUACACAGCCUAUGGCAUGUCGGCAUUACCUUUAAAUCUUAUAAAAGGCACGAGAAGUGCUGCUUAUGAACGUUUAGAAAACACUGAAGACAUUGAAGAAGUGGAACAACACAUUCAAUCAAUUAAAUCAAAAAGCAAAGAUGGUCGACCUUUGCCAGCAAGGGAUAAACGCACCUUAAAACAACUUGAAGAAAGGUUACGAACGCUUAGGAAAAGAGAGAGGCGCUUAGAAUUCAUUGAAAACAGCUGCUGGACAAAAUUUUGUGGCGCUCUGCGGCCCCUGAAGAUCAUUUGGGGAAUAUUUUUCAUCUUAGUUGCAUUGCUGUUUGUGAUCUCUCUCUUUUUGUCAAAUUUGGAUAAAGCUCUUCAUUCAGCUGGAAUCAAUUCUGGUUUCAUAAUUUUUGGAACUAAUCUGAGUAAUCCACUGAAUAUGCUUUUGCCUUUACUACAAAGAGUUUUCCCUCUUGAUUACAUUCUUAUAACAAUUAUUAUUAUGUACUUUAUUUUUACUUCAAUGGCGGGGAUUAGAAAUAUUGGCAUAUGGUUCUUUUGGAUUAGAUUAUAUAAAAUCAGAAGAGGCAGGACCAGGCCCCAGGCACUCUUAUUUCUGUGCAUGAUACUUCUGCUUAUUGUACUUCACACUAGCUAUAUGAUUUAUAGUCUUGCUCCCCAGUAUGUUAUGUAUGGAAGCCAAAAUUACGUAAUAGAGAGCAAUAUUACUUAUGAUGACCAUAAAGGCAACUCAACCCUUUCUGUGCCAAAGAGAUGUGAUGCAGAUGCCCCUGAAGAUCAGUGCACUGUCACCCGGACAUAUCUAUUUCUUCAUAAGUUCUGGUUCUUCAGUGCUGCGUACUAUUUUGGUAACUGGGCCUUCCUUGGGGUAUUCUUAAUCGGAUUAAUUGUAUCCUGUUGUAAAGGGAAGAAAUCAGUGAUUGAAGGAGUUGAAGAAGAUGAUUCAGACAUAAGUGAUGAUGAGCCCUCUGCCUAUUCCAUCUGA